GCUUGAAAGGGAGUGAGGCCACCUCCCGCUGUUCUGGAAGGCGGCAAUUGGGCGAAGCGGAGAGCGACGUAAUAGCUGCGCGUUCACGGGUUCGGACGGUGGCCACGGCGUCUGCGCAUCUGGAGCUAGUUGCCGCAGCGGCAGCCUGGAAUUGUGGGGGUUGUGUCUGCCCCUCGGCUGUCAGGCGGGAAACCGAAGGUCUCCCUGUGCCUCCCCAGGGCCUAUCCCUAUGUAGGAUGGCUCCUCUGGGCCUGCUGCUCGGGCUGCUGGGGGCCUCCUGCUUCACCUUCUGCCUCAGUCAUCAGAACGCAGAGUUUGCGCUGACCAACCCAGAGAAGAGCAGCGCCAGAAAAACCGAGAGAAAGGAAACCGCCGCAGAGGAGGAGCUGGACUCCGAGCUUCUAGAGGUGUUUCACCCGACCCACGAGUGGCAGGCCCUCCGGCCAGGUCAGGCUGUUCCUGCAGGAUCCCAUGUGCGGCUGAAUCUCCAGACGGGGUCAAGAGAAGUGAAACUCCAAGAUGAGGAUACGUUCCGAAAUACUUUGAAAGGGUCGAAGAAAGGCAAACGGCUGGACAUCAGCACCAACACUUACACAUCUCAGGACCUCAAGAGUGCACUGGCAAAAUUCAAGGAAGGGGCAGAGAUGGAGAGUUCAAAGGAAGACAAGGCGAGGCAGGCUGAGGUUAAACGGCUCUUCCGCCCCAUUGAGGAGCUGAAGAAGGACUUUGAGGAACUGAAUGUUGUCAUUGAGACUGACAUGCAGAUCAUGGUGCGGCUGAUCAACAAGUUCAAUAGUUCCAGCUCCAGCCUGGAAGAGAAGAUUGCUGCUCUCUUUGAUCUUGAAUAUUAUGUCCAUCAGAUGGACAAUGCACAGGACCUGCUUUCCUUCGGUGGCCUUCAAGUGGUGAUCAACGGGCUGAACAGUACAGAGCCCCUGGUAAAGGAGUACGCUGCGUUUGUGCUGGGGGCUGCCUUUUCCAGCAACCCAAAGGUCCAGGUGGAGGCCAUCGAGGGGGGAGCCCUGCAGAAGCUGCUAGUCAUUCUGGCCACGGAGCAGCCUCUCCCAGCAAAGAAGAAGGUCCUGUUUGCACUGUGCUCCCUGCUGCGGCACUUUCCCUAUGCCCAGCAGCAGUUCCUGAAGCUGGGGGGGCUGCAAGUUCUGAGGAGCCUGGUGCAGGAGAAGGGCACAGAGGUGCUGGCCGUACGCGUGGUCACCCUGCUCUACGAUCUGGUUACUGAGAAGAUGUUUGCCGAGGAGGAGGCCGAGCUGACCCAGGAGACGUCCCCAGAGAAGCUGCAGCAGUAUCGCCAGGUACAGCUCCUGCCGGGCCUGCGAGAACAGGGCUGGUGUGAGAUCACUGCCCACCUCCUGGAGCUGCCUGAGCAUGACGCCCGCGAAAAGGUGCUGCAGACGCUGGGUGCCCUCCUGGCUACCUGCCGGGACCACUACCAUAAGGACCCCCAGCUCAGCAAGAUGCUGGCCAGCCUGCAGGCUGAAUACCAGGCUCUGGCCGCCCUGGAGCUUGCAGAUGGUGAGGACGACGGCUACUUCCAGGACCUGCUGGGCUCUGUCAACAGCUUGCUGAUGGAGCUGAGAUGAGGCCGCCCCCAACACCGGGACGGGACUGGACCGCUUCUAGUAAGGCCGAGAGGCACCAGCUAGGGAGGGUUCUUCAGGGGACAGCAGGCAGGAGGGAGACUCCCUGCUGGGGCCUGGGCGUCAUCUGGGCAGUGCUGGCUUGGCCAUUAAAUGGAGGCAUGAA